AUGAACAUCGUGUUCGUGUGUACCAGCAACACCUGUCGCUCGCCCGUGUCGGAGCUCUUCGCCGUCGAGUACUUCCACCGCAAGCUCAACAUGUCGCGCGAGCAGCAGGAGGCGAAGGGCAUUGCCAUUCGAUCCGCGGCGCUGACGGACGUGUUCGACCGCGAGGGCUCCCCGGCGUCCAAGCACGCCGUGGACGUGAUGAAGAAGUACCAGCUGGAUCUGUCCAAGCACCGCUCGCAGCUCCUGACUGAGAAAAUGUGCAUGGAGGCCGACUACGUCGUGUGCGUGGCGAGCGACAUGGUCUUCAAGGUGACGGAAAAGUUCCCUCAGAUCAAAGAGCGAGAUAACGUGCUGGCC